AGUCUAUAGUUUUUCCUUUCGGUUGACUGAUACACAAUGCUAUUUGCAUUAAGUUCGCUUUUCCUACCUGUUGGUUAAUAACGAUUAAUAAAUAAUUUUAAAUUAAACGCUUUCAGAAUAUAAAAUAAGGUUUAUCACGUUAUGCACGGCUCUUUACUUUUUUUAGAGGCGUCUACUCUCUUUCACUUUGACACCGUUGGGGGGCUGAGUUAGCACCAAUCAAAAUUUUCAAAUUUGUUGCUGCAAGACUUAAUAAAAAUGGUUAAUUUACUUUCAUUACGAAUGAUAAUUACCGAUUUACAUUUUAACGCACGCUGUGAACAAAGCGUAGUAUAUAAUGAAGGUAAUAAAAGAUUAUACAUUUAAAGCUAUAACACAGACAAGUAUAAAGAACAGACAAAAAACUGUAGGCAACUCACCUGUAUUUACCCACAAACAAAAAACGCUCAUGACGCUCUUAAUACAAAAGGAUAUAUAUAAAACUGUGUCGAUCAUUUGAUUUCUAAAGCCUACCUCAACGAGUUCGUUUAAUAGCAUUUUGAAUGUUUAGCCGUGUAGGUAGGUGCCACUAUGACAUUCAAAACGAAAGCAUCAGACGCCGAUCUCUUAAUUUCUAGGUCAUAUUGUCUACGUCUAGACAUAAUGCGUUGCAACGAAAUUAGUGGUGUUUAUGCAAUAAAAAGUAGACAGUAAAAUUCCACUGGUAGAUCGGCGGCGGAGGCCGAGCGAAAGAAAGGCAUCAUAUGCGCUUGACCACCGACUCGGGAAAGCGGAGCGGAGGACGCAAGGGCGCCGUGCGUCUUGCCGAAAUUAUUCGGGGGCCGCUGCACAAUCGAUUUUUCCCGCCCGAUGCGGAAAAUUCUUCAGGGCGGGGCGGGUGUGCGGCUCGAGGAGGGGGUGAGCGAGGGGGGCGCAGCGACAGGGGGGCAGGCGGAGUGCAGCGGGGCGGUGCAACGCGCGCCGCCGUCCCGGCCGACGGGCAGACAGUAGGACGGCGACGCCACUGCGAGUCGGUGACCACGGCGCGAGGAGCGCGCCCGUCGCACUGUGACAUGUAGCGCGGCCGCCGCGCCGCAGCCCUGCGACUCCACCGCCGGUGGCGGCGCGCCGAUGCGCCUGCCGUCCGGCCCGCGCCCGAGCUCGACUCCCGCGCCGCGCGACCCACGCACGCGACCGCAACCGCUACGCACCGCUUUCACUGUUACACCUGAAGCGAGCCCUUCAGCCCGUCUGUGUUGACGACUGUCGUCGGAUGGAACCCGGAGUGCGCCGAUUCGCAUCAAGGUUAGACGGAUAUUUGAAUGUGAGUGUUUGUGCGCCGAUCGUCCGCCGCCGACGUCCAGCGCGCCCUAGCGCACCCUCUUUGGCUGCCCGCGCACGCACACCACACGCCGUAACGCUAUAGCGGCGGGAGCUAGCUCAGACAUGGGAAGUGAGCACUAUUGCCUAAGGUGGAACAAUCAUCAGAGCAACCUUCUGGGUGUAUUCAGCCAGCUGCUACACGACGAAAGCUUGGUGGACGUCACUCUCGCUUGCUCGGAAGGCGCCUCCAUUAGGGCUCACAAGGUAGUGCUGUCAGCUUGCUCAUCAUACUUCCGUUCACUGUUCGUGGACCAUCCGUCACGUCACCCGAUUGUGAUCCUGAAGGACGUGGGUUUAGAGGAGCUGAGGACUCUGGUCGACUUCAUGUACAAGGGCGAAGUUAACGUCCAGUACUGCCAACUACCAGCGCUACUGAAAACAGCAGAAAGCCUCCAGGUGAAAGGACUAGCAGAAAUGACUACGUUAAGCGCAGCUGGCAUCGACGCAAGAAACGUCCCGGAACCAAUGGAAGAGUGCCCACCACAAGACACAGAGUCUCAAGAACAAGUUGAAAGGUUAGAGAAUAGAGAAACUCGAGAAGUAAAGGAAGAUAGGCGGAAUUCCAAAGAACCCCGAGAUAUGAGAGAAAGAGAUAACAAAGACAGCCGCGAGAUAAGAGAAAGUCACUUACGGGAAACCCGUGAGCCCAGGGAUCACAGAGAGCAGAGAGAGCUAAGAGAGAGGAGUUCAUUAGACUUACGAGAAUCGCGGGAGAUUCGCGACUUAAGAGAAUCGAGAGAGCCCCGCGACAUCAGGGAUCAUAGAGAAUCCCGAGAAUCCAGAGAUAUGAGAGACUCACGUGAACUACGGGAUUAUAGGGAUACAAGGGAAACCCGGGAUCCCAGAGAGCCACCAGAAGCUUCACCCCCUAGAAUAUCUCCUUUAUUGUCUGUUCGGCGGUUUCGACCGGAAGUUUCAGCCGAAACACCAACUACAACGCAUCCUCCUUUACCCAAAGAUGAACCUCCUGACGAACCGAUGCGAGCGUCGUCGCCAGAAGAAGACACUGUUUCGAUUAGGUCCAAUGGCGCUCAAAGCGAAAGCAUUGGUUUAAAUAUGACAAUAAAUAGUCACAGCAGUGUACUAGGCCCAAGAUAUUCUCCGGUGGAGCAGCGUCUAAACGUGCUAAAUGCGCUGCCUCACCCGGGCCUCCCACAUGCUCACCCGGCGAUAUCUAGUCCCAGGAGCGAACCGAUUGCUGGACCUUCCGGACUACCUCCAAUUCAGCAAGUUCCAUUAUCUUUGAAAAAAGAGGUAGACUGGGACAGAAGUAAUGAGGAUAAAGGUGGAGGAGAGUCAUCAUCGGAGUACAGAUUGCAACAUGAAUCGGAGUACGAAGGGUCCGGUAGGGGGCGAAUUGAGGAAGGGGAGAGGGGUUACCCUUGCAUACACUGCGGCGCGUUGUUUCCCCACCAAAGCAAACUGGCCAGGCACAUUCUGACUACGCAUACGCUGGACACUUUGAAGUACAGGGACGCGAUACUAGGACGGCAGAUGGGGCUCCCGAUGAUAGGACAGUUCAAUGAGCCGACGUACAUAAGCAUGCCAACGGAAGAAUCCCCCAUAGAUUUGGACAUCGGGCCUGUGGAAGCCGGAAACGUGGUGCUCUGCAAGUUUUGCGGCAAGAGUUUCCCUGACGUGUCCUCUUUAAUAGCACACUUGCCGGUACACACUGGGGAUAGGCCGUUCAAAUGUGAAUUUUGUGGAAAAGCAUUUAAGUUGAGACACCACAUGAAGGACCACUGUAGAGUACAUACAGGUGAACGGCCGUUUCGUUGCGUACUAUGUGGCAAGACAUUCUCGAGGUCUACUAUUUUGAAGGCCCACGAGAAGACUCACUAUCCAAAGUACGCCCGGAAGUUCCUGUCGCCGAGUCCCGUCGACACGGAAGAGGAGAGCCCCCACCAAUGAGUGGGAGAUUGCUACCCCACACAUAGUCAAGUACACCUUAGCCAAUAGUACAAGCUAUCUCUGGACGUAAUCAGCAAGGCUCAGCGGGAUGUGAUUGUCUAUGAUGAACAAAAGGAGGACAAUAUGUUGUAAUUAAUUAAGAAUGUGAUUUAAAACGCCGCAACUGUGAUCUGAAUGAUAUGAAUAAUAUUUGAUAUUUCACUAAUAGUUAAUUCACGCGUUGGAUUCGUUACUCCUGGGUUGACUUCUAUAUAUUUAUAUAUGAACACUCGGUUUCUUCUAUCGUUUGCUUGAUAAGGUUUUUGGAAAUAGGUGCUUUCUUUACGCUUUAGAUGAUAAAAUAUAACUCAUCUCUAUGAGUCCCUUAACGGCAUAGCCAAAGUUAGCUAGAGAAGUUAAACUUCGUUUGUUAUGUUUAGUUGAAAUUCGAUUGACUAUUUAGACUUUCCUUUAGUUUUCGCUUAAUUUUGAAUGUGCCUGUUAUGUCAGAGUUGUGUAUCUUGUUAUUGAGCCUUCGUAGUUGUUCGAUUGCCAUUUCAAAGCUUUUUAAUAAUGAAAUGAAAGAGAAAAAAUAAUACCCUUACGACAUAUUGGUUCACCGCAGACUUAAUCUAUGGUGACUUGCAUAUUUAUUAUAGUAGAUUAAUCUCAUGAGUUGAUUUUUUAUAAUACCAAAUUAAAUAUUGAAAACGAGUGCUUUAAUUAUUAUUAUUAGAGACCAUGCGAAUGAUGCACUCAAUAUAGUUCAUAAUGAUUAAAAAAAAAGUUAGGGAUUUGAGAUUUUUACUAAUUUUAUGUCUUUCAAAGUUACAACGCACGCUCCCCUGAGGUAAUUCAAAAGCAAUAUUAUGACAUAUAAAAUGUAAAUAAUAUAUAGUUUGAUAAUACGGGAUUUUUAGGAGAAUUAUUUAGAUUGUAAAUGCUUCGGUAGUGAUGUAUUCGGUUAACACGGGGAGAGGUGUGGAAGUGUGAUCAUGGAAAUCAAAGCUUUAAAGCCGUUUAAUUUCAGUCCGAACACUAUGCCUCUUAAUCCGCACUCGACGUGAUAUGCUUUUCAAAAGCACGUUCUCUCUAUUAUGUCUUAACACACAAUAAGCAAUCCUUUAUUUCGUUGGGAUUUAAGAGGCAUAGCUGCACAUUUAUAUAGUGGUUAUAUAAAAAUUUUCAUCUAUUUUCAUACUACAAAUGAUAUUGUUUUACUAAUUUCAAAUGCUUUGUGUUAUUCAUCGGCUGUUUUGGUAUCUUUCAAUAAGACAUCUUAACAUUUUAAGAGAACAUUCAGUCGAAGUUGUCGCUUAGGUUAAUAAUUGCUUGAGCUAAAUUUUCGAAUUGGGAGAAAACGAUGUAAGCGAUCGAUGUUUAACGCAAGCAGUUAUCACCCUAAAGUGUGACAUUUCAAUUUAUUUGGUUGAAAAUUAAGCAACUGAUUAACCAUGCGAAGCAUUUGGAAAUUAUCACAAUUGCUGUGUUCAGUAAAUUAACAGAGUGAAAUACAGGGAUAUUUUAUGGAUUUUAUUUUACAUUAUUUCCACAUCUGCUAAAUAGAAUUAGGGUUUCAUUUAUUAACAGCAUGAUGUGCGCCUUUUCAGUGAAACAUGUGAAAUAGUUAUUUAUAUUUACAUCACAAACAAGAAGUAAAAUAUAAAGCUUUGAUUUGGAACUGAUUGGAUGUCGGCUCACUGUAGUGUGUAAGUGUACUUGGUAAAUUAUUUAAUUUCUUUCUCUUUUUGAUUUGUCUACGGUACUCUCUGGCUGAAACUUUUUAGGAAUAACGAUCGCAAGUAACAUAUUAUAAUAAUGAUAUUUUGAAACGUAAAUUAAUUACACUAGUCGGUAGAAACUGAACAUUUCAUAAUCUUUAGUACAUAUCAUAUUUCUAUCUUACCAAAUAGUAUUAUUAUACGAAUUUGUUUAAAAGAAAAAGGAAAAAAUAACUUUGUUAAAAUUCGUUAGGCUAUCGAAAAUGUUAAUUUUAACUCAUUAAUAAUCACUUCUAUUUAGGCGUUUAAUGACUUUAAUAUUAUAAAAAAAAAAUGGGAAGUAUUAUGUUUAUUAUAUAGGCAAAAGAUCUGUGAUAAUAUGUAAAAGUAAGUAAUGCUACAUCUGGGAGUUUUAACAUAAAAAUUUGAUCUCAGAUUUUAUACUUGUUUUAACGGGAUAUCGACUCUAAGGUCCGUAUUAUAGAAAGAUUCUCAGUAAUGAAUCUAAUCUUGAGCAUAGAUAGAAAGGGAUGUCUCUAUAUAGAGCACAUAGUGACAUCCCUUUGUAACUGUACUCAAGUUCAACACUUAGUUGUCAUUCUGUAAUACGGGCCUAAAAGUAAUACGCUAUGAUGGUGCGGCUAUUGUGGAUCAAAUCUUUAGAGAAAGCUAGAAAAAACGAGAGUAUAUGCAUAGUUACUAAUGUAUAGUCAGACAGUCGGGUCAGGAGAACGAUUUUCACAUUAGCAUGAUUUAACAUAAGAAGGAGAUAGAAAGCCUCUCUGAGUUUGUUUCGCUGGUUCUUCUCAGAAAGAUCUCCCAAUUUUGGAACCGGUGGUAGUUUACGGUAGUUAGGGUCAAAUAAAUAAACUCAAAAUUACAAAAAAGAAUUUUAAAUAAAGUACUUUAUUAACUAAAUUAACUAACAAAUUCAUACAUAGAAAUAAAAUUUUAAAAAUCUUCCAAUGAAAUAACCGAACGCUCAAUAAAAGUCUUUCGAAGGUAGCUCGACAAAUUUAAAUAAAAAAUCAGUAUUCUGACGAUGCAGACCUGAAAAGGCUGCGAAACGUCAAUAAAUAAAUAAAGUUUCGUGCAUUAACUCGUUAAAAACUAGUUUUAUUUAAUUAUUGCAGUUUCUUUCCAUUGGUGAGUAAGGUUUUAGGUCUCCAAGCGGCAUAUUUUCUACUGCGUCAGUUGUUAUUGAGACUAUACUCCACGUACACUUAAGACCAGAGAGACAUUUUCUUGUAUAAGUAGGUAUAGUAUAUUUCUGUUGUUUUUUUCUGGAUCUUACAAUUAUUAAUCAUCAUAUGCAUAUACUCUAUUCUCUACAAAGUUCUCUAAAUUGUGAUUAUUUUAACGCACCUACGUAGAUCAAUGGUGGCGUUAUCUGAUAUUAACAGAUCUCAAAGGUAACCUUUAUUUAAAUUGUAAUCUUAUAGGUUUGUUCAUCGUAGAAGUAGGGUGUAAGAUAGGAUAAAAAAACAUGAACUCGCAUUUUAAAUUGGAAAAUCAUACUUGUGACAUUAAAAAAAUAGAGUCUAUUUAUUUAGGUAUUCGCAAGCGCCUAACAUCCCGUAAGAAAUAUCUAUAAAACGUAUGAAAUCAAGUAUAUUAAUGUCUAUUUACAUUAAACAUUUGAUUGUAAGAAUAUUUUCCAACGUUUCCGUAAGUUCAUUUGUGAUCAAUUAAUAAAGCCGGCUUUUUGUUUCGAUUUGGAGAUGAAAAUGGCAAAUCAACAUUUCAUCCGGUUUCUGAAAGACUUGUCAAAUCAUUAAUCAACUGACAUACUCGUUAAUUUACCAGCAGUGUUAAAUCAAUUUGAGUUUCUAAAACGAAGAUAAUCCAUAUAAUUAUUACAUAUUAAUAAUAUAUUUACUUAUAAUUGAUCGAUGAUUUUGAAAUUAUGAACGCACUUUUUAGCAACAAUCUAAUAAUAAUACAAUCGUGAUAUAAUGAUAUGUAUUUCCACGUAAAAUCGCGUAACUCUGCUAUGACUUUAAUUUUAGACAAGUUUUUACUAAGCUUUUUUGUUGGUAUUUCCGCGACAAAUGUCAUCGGUUUUCUUGUUCGAAAGUGCCGACUAUUCACUUUGGUAUUCUUAUUUGCUAUUUGUAAAUUUGACAUCAGCCUGUCCUUUUCAUUCCUUAUAAAGCAUGAUAAAGACAGAUUGUUGUCCACGUUUACAAAUAGCAUAUAUAUACGAAUAUCAAAUUGAAGUGCCGGCUCAACAUUGAUUGACUGACAGAGUGGUCAGUUGAAUAAGCUUUCAGCAACUCAAUUGACAGGAAACAUUAGAUUUGACGGCUUCUUAGUUAAUUCUUUGCUGAUAAACUUUUCAGAAACCGGCUGUAAUUUUAAUUAUUUGCUCAAACUCAAUUGAAAAAAAGUGGUAGAUUGAUUGUAAAAAAUUAGAUAAUCAGUUGAAACGAUGACCAACCCUUUUGCUCCUAAUUGAUCUUCUGUAGCUAAUAAAGCAUCUUAAGAACCGAGAUGACAUUAACAAUACGGAAAAGAUACGGCACUACUGCAAAGACGACGUAAUCACCAUAGCGCCAUAAGUGCGAGGGUGAUCACAAGCCACCCCCAUCACUUAGGUAAGGAAUGGGGUUGCCUUGUAACCCCCACAACAUAGUUGUAUAAUAUAUUAAACUAAAUUGCUGCUUUAUUUCUUAGAAUGUUUUCAAUCUGCCACCUCGUGAUAAAGAACUAGAGCAUAAAAUAAAUAUUAAUACUCAUAUUAAUUCACUUGAUAAGAAUUUUAUGUCACAUCAAACUGAUAUUACCUAAAUUAAGGUAUUCAUCAAAGUACCUAUAAACAUGAUUUAAAGAUUUUUUUCUAGUAAAAUUUUCUUUAGAUUUAACCUUGUAUUCAGUUAUGUUAUGCUUCAAAAAUAAAAAAUAUAACAUAUUAUUUGUUAGUUAGGCGCUAAAUUUUGCACCGUUUUUAUAUAUAGGCGUGAAUGUAUUGUUCCUUAAUUCCCAGUUUUAAAAUUUUUCGUUAUAAAAGCCGUGAGUACCGCAGCAUUUCAAAAUGAAAUGUCUUGUUAUUUUCAUUCGAGUGGAAUGUUGAGGUAUUAGAUAUUUAAUAAAAUGAUGUAGACACUAGUAAGUUUUUAAUUAAGUAAUACAAUAAAAAGUAAAGAAUUGUUUUUGAAGAUUUUCUUUUAUUAAUUUAAUUGGGUGUGCGCGGUUUGUGCUGAUCGUUUGAAUAAAAUUAUCAAAGCAACACGAACAUUCCAUAAUAGGCUGAUGGAUAUUGAAAUUUACAUCGCCUGCGCGUGCGCCGCCCUUGUGUAAAUUUGAACAUCCACUUAAAUCUGUUUCUUUUGUUCGAAUAGAAAUUAUUUUACACAAUUCUCUGUAAAAUGUAGCGAAUCAAUUAAUAGGUAACGAAAUUAAUUGCGGGCAAAUAAAAUUAAUGUUUGUCUUAUCGAUAAAAAGCCCGCACGUGUAAAAAUGCAUUUUAGAUAAUAGAUUGGUAGAUGCGCUACUUCCCGGAGCUAGAUUUUGGAUAUGUCUCAUCACAUAAAUAUAAAAUUAAAAAAAAAAUCACAAGAAUGUUGCUAUUUGAAAAGCUGCACUCUUUUUUUAUUUCUCAUAGUCGAAGGUUACCAAACUUAGCAAUAUCGAAACCUUGAUUAAUGUUCCUCUUCUUAUUUUAAGAAAGAUUGAAUAUUUACAAUUUACAGAAAAUAAUUAAUAGCAAUAAAUAAAUGAUUAACGAUGAUACGAAUUAAAAUGAAGAAAAGAAAAGAUAACAAAUUUGUACGAGUUUUAUCGACAUAGUUUUUAUAAUAGCACAGAAUGCAGUUGUAAAAUGCUAUUUUGUUUCCUAACUUUCAGAGGUACUAUUUAUUAAACAAAUAAUAAUAUAAAUAGAAUUAUAUUUGUAUGUAUUGAUGUGUGAAUAUUAUAUAGGCAGUGCGGUGAAUGUUGUUAGUGACUUGUAUGACAUACUUACAUGAGCAAUAGAUUUAAAUGCGGCCCCUAAGUGCAGUUAUUCAAAUUUUAACAUUUGCCAGUUAUCGCCACGUCCCUGGAAAGUUCACACGCCGUUAGCACAAAUUAUAUAUAUUAUAUUAAAAAUAAUUCCAAUUUAUGUAGAAUUUCUUUUGAGUACCUUACCGAGCAUGGUAUAUCGUUAAAGAGAACACAUAUUAGCACGAAAUAUUUCAUGUGUUGAAAUAGAAUACAAACGUAGAUUCUUUUUUAUAAUAAUGAAUUGUGACCACAGUUUUAUAUUUAGAGUGCCUCUUGCCUAUACAAGACUUAUAUAAAGGCUGCAAAUCACGGAAUAUACAUAGUUUAUGUAGCGAAUAGAGGUAAUUGUGUAAUUUUUAUGGUGAAAAUUGUAAGUUGCGUUAUGAUAUGUGACUAAUUUUCUACCGCAUCCGUUGUAGUAUCGGUGUAACACGCAAAUGACGUAGACCUCCGUAGUUAGCGCAUUCCAAUCUUGUGAUGAUGUUUUCAUACAUUUGUAAACCCAGUGCAAAAUUUUAUUUUCGUGACCAAUAUAACAAUAGAUUUAUUUUAUAUAGUGUUAGUUAUAUAUAAAGCGUCGUUAAGUUUCGUCCAUAAUGAUUAUGGUAUAGACAAUGCGGAUGUGUAACUGGUUAGUUGUGUAUAAUAUUUACCAAUUUUUAAGUGGCAUACCUAAAUAUAGAACUUAAAUUGCAAUUUUUCUAAGUUCCUGUAGGUGUAUUAAUUAAUUAUUAUUAUUGUAUAUUGGUACAAUUGUUUUAAUAAUUAUAAUGUGUUUUAUUAUAAAUUAUUUAGGUUGUAGUGUUUCGUGACUUAUCAUUUGUAUUAGCGUAAUAUAUGUAUGUUUUGUCGUCAUGAUCUUUUAAUGUAGUUAUAGGUACUUUCGCAAAUGUCACUCGGGCGUGUACUGUUAAAUAUAUUGGGCAAAUAUGGGAGUUCGUGACAAUAUAUUUCGUAUAUUAUGCUACUAUAAAUUAUAUUCAGCACAAGUUCAAAUAACGUAGGUCCACUUUAUUUAUAAAGCGUAAUAAUUGUUGCAUCUUCAUUGAGUAUCAAUAAUUUGAUUUUCUUUAAGCUGAUUUAUUUAACAUUCAUUGUUGACAUUUUAGAUUAGAAUAAAAUCUGUUUUGCCUUAACAUUUAUUAAUAGUUCAUAAUGUUGUAACAAAGAGCAGUGCAGUUUUGUUGAAUGAGAACAUAAACAGUAUCUUCAUAUUUAUAUCAAAAAGAUCGAGGAUCAAAGUGGUGUAAUGUUUUGUCAAUUGUGCAACAGUCUAUACAAAGACCCAUCGCUGUUGAUCAUUGUAACUUUUGAAACAAAUAUAAGCAUAUCAUAGCUGUAAAAAUACAAUUUUGACAAAUAAAAGCUCUACAAUCAUUACAGUCCUCUGUUUCUUUAUUUUUGGCGUUCUCUUAUCUCCAGAUAUUGUCAGGUACGUACGCAAAUAAAAAUGAAAUCACCGUCUCUCAUAUAUCAUCACGCAAAAUUCACAUUCAUACUCAUUUUUUCUUUGACAGAUGUGUUUGGACAUGUCAUGCAGUUCACCGAGUAUUCCGAGUCCGAUACCGCCACGUAGUCCGACGGCGCUGCCGCUGUGGUCUCCACUGUUAGCUCUGCAAGCGUGCCGGCUGCGCCGCUAUCUAAGCGACGACUGCAUGGCCUACCAGAACAGACAUCUUCUACACACUGACAGAAGGCGGUGUGGGGUCUGCCUCGCGUCAUUUCCCUCCACGUGGCUUCUGGAACGCCACGCCGCACUGCAGCACGCGUCGCAGACCUCCUGCGAUGACAAACCGUUUGUCUGUGAACAGUGCGGCCAGAGCUACCGGUACAGAUCUGCUUACGUCAAACAUCGUGAGCAAAACCAUCGUGCCAGACUGCCAGCUGACAAGUUAUUCACGUGCGAUGUCUGCGGAAUGCAAUUUCGAUACCUCAAAUCCUUUAAAAAGCACCGCCUCAAUCACACUUUGGAAAGGCUUCAUACGAAGAAUACAGACCAACCCGAAGGCAUCGACCAAGUGUCCAGUACCAAUGAGGCUUUGAUCGGCCAAUGCGGUGAAAUGGAUCUAUCUAUGAAGAAGAGAACUAGAACUGAAGAACCGAUAACACCUCCCAUCGAGGUUAUCAGGGACGCUGAGCAAGAUAGCACGGUCGACUCGAACGGUCCGACCGACUCGGUGAUGACAGUCGAGGAUUCUCGCGACUGCAAGAACUCCGAGAUGGAAAGCAAGAAGGAAGAUGACACGACAUCAGAAGAGAGGCGGCGUGUGCCGGUGUCGUUUGCAAGCGUCAGUUCCAUGGCCGAUAGUUCAGAGAGUGAGUCCCGCGGUGACGGUAGCAAGCACGAGAGCUCCAGCUCUCAUUCUGGUAUCGUCGGCUUCAUACCAACCGACGACAGACAAAGGGAUAGGGAGAGGCGUUUCGCGUGUCCGUUUUGCGGAAAGUGUGUUAGGUCUAAAGAAAACUUGAAGUUGCACGUCCGGAAGCAUACAGGCGAGCGGCCGUUCGUGUGCUUGUUCUGUGGGCGAGCUUUCGGGGGCAAGAGCGACCUGACUCGCCACCUCCGCAUUCACACUGGCGAGCGGCCGUACCACUGCGAGGCGUGCGGUAAGUGCUUCGCCCGGGCGGACUACCUCUCUAAACACCUCACGACGCACGUCCACAAUGCUCGCUGAUCUACAACCACGCCGUCCUCUUCUACAUCACCAUCGUACACAUACCUCUAUAGUAAAUGAAAAUUACAAUAAAGCGGUUGAACGGAAUAUUUUUAAUAACAUUUUGAAAGUUUACAAUGAAUUUGAUGUAAGCCGUUUUUUUUUAUUGAAGCUUUCAAGAGCGCUUUCUUUGAGAUGUGGUUUUAGGUAUUUUAAUUCUAUAUUCACGAUUUUAAAAUUUAUAUAACACUUGAGUACAUCAAUAUUAACGGUGCAGAUAUGCGCUUUGCAGUCGUGUGGUGUAAGUGACAUCUUAAAGUUACGUAAACGGCUGUAACGCUGUUACAUAACUCAUUCCUUUUUUCUAUAGAUCAAAUGGUUUUUGUAUCAGGAUCGGUUAUAGAUAAUUACAAAAAUGUGUGGCAUUUGGCAUGGCUUGGGUUACUAUUCUUUAUUUUAUUGACCACUCAUUCAAACAUGUUUUAUUACUUGUAACGCUUGCAAAAACAGGUGAUGUUUUGCCAUAUUUUUAUAUGCCCCUGUAAUGUAAGAUUAAAAACUCAUUCCAUUGAAGGGAAACUAGAAAAUUGGUAGUCGAGAAGAUAGAUAAGUAGAAGAAUGCAAAAAGCUGUGAUUCGUACGAUUAAGACCAGUCAAACAUGUUUUAGAACAUCGAAAAAUGUUUUAUCUAAUUUAAAAUAAUUUUAACACUUAGAAAUAUAUAAAUUAUAAUAUAUAGUUUUAAGAAAUCUCUCUGUGCCAAAAUAUGUACCUCAUAAACUUAACACGAAGUAGAUAAUUAACUAGCGAAGGUUAAUUGUACACAGCUUGUUUUAGAUUUCGUUGUUAUGAAGACAAAGAGAUAACGAUUUUAUAUCUACAGUUUAUAUUUACAUGGAAUCCGGUAUAUUACUACGUCCCAUAAUACUUAUAUAUUUUAUUAUAAGACACAGUAAGACGGAGUUUAUUUUCGAAGUGAAAAAUACUUGCCCGUACAAUAAUUAAAGAAAUAUUUAUUCGGUGCAAUAAAGCAUGCCAUUUUAUCUUUUAGAGAUCACAACUACUGCCAAUAAUGUAAUAAUUUAUGAUACUUACUCGUUCGUAAAUUCGUGUCAUUUUCCCAUAGGUUAAUUUUAAACAUAAACUUUUUUUUUAACUAUCACUUCUACUAAACUAAUUUUAAUUUGAUUCGUUUGUUUCACUUCAAUUUGAUUGAAUAUUUUCAAAUCAUAGUUUCCAAUAUUACACGAAUAUUUUUAUAGAAGUAAAUAUCUAGGGGUUAAGUAUCUUUAAUACAUUUUAAGAGAAACAUUUGUUGCAAUAAUUUAGAUAACAUUAGCCAUAAUAAAGUCCGUUUGGUAUUAAUUGAUUAGACUUCGCCUUUUGAUAGAUUUCAGUUCAGUAUUUUCUAUGUUUAUUUCUCAGUUCUUUUAAUUAUAUAAUAUUGUUUAAUUCUUGUUCAAAUUAAGGGCGGUCUUUAUGCUUCUGUAGCUUGAAAACAGCUUUAGAACCUCAGAAGUUUGUAUGUUACACACAUAAAUAUUUGAAUGUUUUCUCCCACACACGAUUUUGACAAACACUUAGAAAAUUUCACCAAAACUUGUUACCGAUAAAAAUAUUCUUACAUAACCUGUAAGAUAAAGACAGGAUAAUUAUUUAAAUUAAGGCAAUAUCUUUUUCAAUUAUGUAUUUAUGUAGGUAGAUAAAAUUUUGAAUCGAUCAAUUAAUAUUUUAAACGGACUUUCUUUGUCAAUUAUAAUGUAUAGGAUAUAAGUCAGAUAAAGUUAAUCAUUGUUAUAUAUUUUUUACAAUUUGUGGGCCAGUAUUUUUCACAAUUUUCAACUGCAGUUUUAAAUGUAUCAAAUCUUUUUUAUAAUAAUGAAAUAAUUAUCAAUAAUUUCUGAGACAAUUUACAGAUUUUAACAUAAUAUACUUAAUAGUCAAUGCAACGAAAUAACCAGGUACAGGUAAUGAUAAACGAGAAGAGUUUUAAUAGCCUUAUUAUAAUAUAUUUUAGUUAGAGUUCACACUUACAUAGCUACUGUUGACUAUAUAUGUGUUUGCAUCGAAUUUAUUUCAUACGCAGUUUCGUUUUUUUCGCUAACAAUGUGAUCUGUGAUUUUCAUCUUAAGCGUGAGAUUGACUUAAAUUAUUGUGUAAGUAGGUAGGUACUUACAACUUCUAAUUGUUAUAAAAUAUUUUAUUGUCAGGGCAUUCUUAUAAGGUUCUAUGUCACACAUUUCGUGAUAAUCACUGUUCAUAAUAAAUAAAAAUAUGAAAUGUCAUAAGACAACUAAUGACAAACUGUUGUCGUCUCAGAGAUUUCAGAUCUGUACCCCAAGCACUAACUGCUAGCGAGAAAGUAUUCGUAUCGCAAUCGUCAAAGUUUCUAUGGAAGUAGCUAGUUUGUUCUUACGGCCGGUAGGGGCGCUGCUAGUUUCCAUAGAAAUUGACGAUGACGAUACGAAGCUUUCUCAUUAGUUGUUCGUGCUUGGGGUACUGUUUUCCAAAGAAACAGUGUAAAAAGUACAUUGUUUGAACAAUAUUGAUCAAUAUUUUUCCGCAGAAUUUUUAAAGCGAGUUAUAACAUUCACGAAAUUGUGAAACUAAGAACGGGGAGGUAUUCUGAUAUAGAUACAUACCUGAUAAGUAUAUACCUACCUUUAAAAUACCUACUUACUUAUAUCGUUAGUUAAUGAAAACAUGCGAACAUUCUACAUACCUAUCCAUCAUCAAAAUUAAUUGACAACUUCGUUACGUAAGAUUAGCGGCUUAUUAUUAUUUUUUAUCCUGUAAUUUUCAUAGAUUGCUGAUUAUUCAUUACACCAUAGUCUCGAAACAAAAUAGCAAAUUCGCCAGAGGGAUCUAAUAAAUUAAUAUUAGGUAGUUGGAAACUUUUAGUAUAAACGAGAAGCAAUACUCUGAAUUUUUUAUUUUUGUCUACACAAAUACUCUAAAAAAUUUAACGUUGUAAGCGUAUAAGCUGAUCGCAAUAUUAUAAAAUAUAAAUAUAAUUUUAUAUCAAUGACUGCAACGUCUAAGGCCGUAACAUAACUAAUACAUAUAGGCUGAUCGAUUUACAAGCAAACAUUUUUUCACAUAUCUGAUCGAUAUCGCAGGAUUUUGAAUUAAGAUACAGCUGAGUAUCGAAAAACGUGACGUCUUGACGUGUGUGGAAAAAUAGUAAGUAUUACUUACUAUACUCAUGUAUAAUAAUAACAGCCAUUGAAUUUUACACUUCAGAUAGUGAUGAAGGGACAGGUUAAUAAUCAAUUUCAGUAAUUUAAUAUUUACUAAUUUUAUUUUGUAAAAACUCAGCGAGAAUUGUAUUGUUUGAAAUGUUUAUUUUAGUCAAGGUUGUAGAAAACUAAAGAAAAUAUUACUAGAAACAAAUCCACACGGACCAGGCAGUAGACGGGUCUCGAACCCGCACCUUUCGCUAUCCGGGCGAAUGCACUGAUCAUUAUGCUACUGUGGCCAUGCUGGCCGUGUCGAAUUCUUUCUAGCGUUUCUUAAGCUGCAAGGCAGCGCCAUCUCUUCGCAUUGUAGGUAACCCAAAAUGUCAAAUGAAUACCUUUACGGUCUGUCAGUAGUCAGUGCAUUCGCCCGGAUAGCGAAGGGAGCAGGUUCGAGUCGCAUCUGCUGCCUGGCCCGCGUGGAUUUUUUCUAGUAAUAUUUUCUUUAGAUUAAAACAUCGAGCAUAUUUUUAUUUUUUAAGCAUGUAGGUACAUGCUUAAAAAAUAAAAAUUAUAACUUGUAGAAAACUGUUUUUAAUGAAAAAAAAGACCACUGGAAACGGAAUUAUGUCGCACUUACUACCUAUUUGGACAUGGUACCCAUAAGAUCAUUCCAUUUCCUGGAAAAUAACAGUAAGAGGUAGCACAAAAUCAAUACUCGAAAAACGAUAUUACUUAUAUUGCGAUCAGUUUAAAUUUUACACCAUAAGAGUUUAUACAAGAAUACCAUCGAAAUGAACAAUGCAAGCAAGCAUUACUGUGUAUAAUGUAGAUAUUUUGCCAAUAUAUAAAAUUUAUAAUAUAAAUAUUAUUCAUAAAUUGAUGUUGACUGUUUUUAUAAUUAUAUCAGCGGUAGUUACUUGAUGUUGUGGUGUAAUUUAGUGUCUUAAUAGAUGAUCUUGAACCACUCGAAGUGAAGGCGUGUCACAUGUGUUCAUUUGUUAAAUUAAGACAGCUCAUUAGGGGUCUUGUCUUAUGACAAGAAACUUUGUCAAACUAGCAAGUUCUUUCGUACAUAAGGUGUCGCGCCAGCACAGUCACACUCAUUUCGAGUGGUUAGGUAAUUAUUUUGAAUUCUCUUAGCGUAAAAAAAUUGGUGUGGUAUUCUUUAUAUCUGUUCAUGUACUAUAUAAACAUAUUGUAAACUCUAACUUAACAGAUAAUUUAAAAUUAAAUUUUAAAUUUUUCUGAGCACCGCAAUGGUUCUGUAAAUAUGCGAGUGCUGACCGGAGAAAAUAUGUGAUAAAUUAGGUGUAACGUGAUAUUUAUUCCUAUUGAUUUACUUUUGGUACUGAAUGAGUUACGUUCUUUUCGAAAUUUUGUUUAUUAGUUUGUCAUCGUUUACUUUUAUUAUUAUGUUUACUGGUGUUUAUAAAUAUGACUGUUAUUUGUACGAGACGCAUUGAUUUGUCGUCGACUGUGAACUUUUGGGCAUUAUACUUUUAUUUACUUUUAUUCAGGGGGACUUCGAUGAUGUGGGAUAUUGGUGUCGUCAUAAUUUCCUAAUAUUAUAGCUUUUGUACAACAACGCACAAUUUUUAAUGAUUUAAAAUUGUUUACAUAACUCCGUCCACUUUCAGUAUUGUGUGUCUCUGUUUAAGGGGGCUUAAAUUGACAGAUGCAGACAGUAAUUCAGCACGUUAUUGUUACUUCAUUUUGGUUUCAUAAUAUAUUUGGCGAUUAGGUUCAACAUACGCAUUAUAUAACUCAGCGUAAUAAAAUCUAAUAGUAAAGAAAAUCGGCCGUCUACGACAGGACUAAGAUGAGGUGACGUGCGGCGCGGAAUCGACGUCACAGUAAUGCGCGGGUAUCCUUUGGCUUUACGCAGCGUGUCUGUACAGGUCGCGGCACGUAACUCUAGCUUUGGACAAAAACCGGAGGGGAUAGCUGCGCAUGGGCACGACUGGAGAGCCAAUCGGCGCAACGCACGCCCACCCGCGCACCUCGUUUCCCCCCAAGACAUCUUAAUUUUUACUUAUGCGCAAAAACGCUCAGCGCUAGAGUUUCGUGCCGCGACUUAUACUGUUUACGAUUACCUUAACAACUAUAGUGAUUUAUCGUCGCGAUAAAGAAGUUCGUUCACUAUUUGAUUUAUUACACUAUAAUAAUUUUGAUAGGAAAUGAUCUGGGUCAUCAUUUUCCGGUAUUCUUAUGUAUCCAGUAAUAAUAUAGUUAACCAUUGUUCUACUUAUAAACAAAGAUUUGAAUUAUUAGAUACAGCCUUGCCAAAGUAAGACAUCGCUGAAGUAAUGAAGAAAAAGUUGAUCUCUUUGAGUGCCAAGUGCAAACGACUUUCCAUAAUGACUUUAUAGGUAGUACGGCAAACGAAUCCGGGCUGGAGUGGCCUUUGCCGUUUUGGCUAAGUAUUGGAUUUUAUAGGAAUAAAAUUACCAGCUGUGCCUGCUAACUUUCGACAGAUUCAGCCAGCCGUACUGUACCAUAAUUGUGAUCAAGCAAGUAAACAAUACACUCUCAGCACUUAAAUUACUUAUGCACUAUCAUCGCUGCCAAAAAUAAUACAUUAUGAAUACAAAAAAAAUGCUUUUUAAGAUAUUGUGAUGCUGGUAGGUCGAACAGUUUGUUCAGACUGUUAAGCUAUUUCAUCCCUUUUUCAUUGCAGACUUUUUCUUUAUAUAAAUUAAUGCAGUGUAUAAGAAAUGGUUUAAGAAUAUAACAUUGUCGGUAUUUAAGGACGAACUGAAGACGAAGAGAAAAUUAAUUUCAAGAUUAUGUUAAAUUUUAGAGGCAAUUACUUUGGGACAUAGUAAAUACAACUUUUAGUGGUGAUUGCAAUAAUUGUGAUAUUACUUUAAGUCAAGGGGAAAUGAAGGAAGGUAAGAUUGAAGUCUCUCUACAAGCGAGCCAACAGCGCGAUCGAACGUAGACUGAUUUUCGGGUAGAGGUUUAGUAGGCCAGAAGAUUUGCAGUCAAUAAUUAAAUAUUUAUAAAUGUCUAGAUGUUCAUUUUUAACUGUUUUUAAAGAAGCCAAAACACAUUUUCAAUAGUCUAAUGACGUAAAACAAUAAGAGAGUUUAUUUAAUUUUUAAACAACUUAUACAGAAUGUUUUUAUAUGACAACCUUAAAUUAUUUUUCAGAUGUAUUGAAUUUUAUACAUCUCCAUAUACAAGAAUAGGGCUAAGUGUAGAUAUUGUAGAUGGGUCUAUUAACCGCGUGGUGCUACAAUGUGUAAUGAUAUGUGAUAGAAACUGUUCUUCAGAGACAUUUUAUUUAUUAAAAAAAUCCAUAGAUAAUAAAAUAUUAGUCACAUUACAUGAUCAUAUACCAACAACGUCAGCAAUAAAUCGGUUUAAGUAUGUAAUAAUAUAAGGAAUUUGUUUUUUUAGAUUCAGUAUUUGAAAAUGCGGAUAAAGUGAUUGGUCGCACGUGUCUCGUAAAAACCGAUGUCGCCAAACAUUUUGUUAAUAGAAAUAAUGUUUACCUAAAUUUUCAAAACAAACAUGUUUUGGGUUCAAUGAGAUUUAGAUCGACCAAAAACCGUCUGGUAGUGCGUGUUUCGAAAUAAUUGUAGUCUCUAUCAAUUUAGUUACCUAUUUAAUUAUUCGUCCAAGUCUUUUAAAUUCUAUUAAUAAGGCAUGAUUAUUGUAUUACCUAUAUUAUAAAUGUCGACAGACCUAGCUAGUUAGGAAAAUUGCUAUAGGUUUUCAUCUGGUCAACCGUAUUGAUACUGUAACCAAGAAAAUGUUAAUCGUGUAAAAAUAAAAUUGUUUUAUGGCCUUAUUAAUAAUAAAGUUGUCUUGGAAUAAAUUAUUUGUAUUAUAUUAUAUAACUUUCUUAUAAUGUUAAUAAUUAUAAAUGAAUGUCCGAAAGGGAAUAUUUUUAUGAGUUUUCUAUUUGUAGUGACUAAUACCAUGGGCACUAAUCUUACAUAUUCGUAAUUAUUAUAUGCGAUUUACCAGCGGGUUUUCUUUAGUGAUUAUUAUUAUAUUUAUAUUUUUGUUCCCAAGUGUAAAUUCAUGCGGUUUUAUUUCGUAAUAAUAGUUUAAUAGUACACAAUGUUACAUUUUUAUAUAUUUUUACUCGUACGUUUCAGAUGAAUGUUAUAUUGUUGACAAGAUUGUUAUGUUUUGUAAACGUUCAAUGAUUGGACAUCAUUUAAUUUUACAUUUCACCAAUUGAGACAGUCCACUCGAUUCAAAGUUUUGUCCAUUGUCCAAACUAACUUAGGCAUAGUUACAUAUUUUGUAUGUGUAUUCUACCACGAUCUAACGCUAUUGUGUAUAUUAUUUCUUGUCGAUGUGCAAAAUUAUAGUAUAUGUCUUGGAUCUCUAAAAAUAAGAAAAAAAAGACAAAAACACUUUACUAAAUUUCUAAAUGUGCAAUAAAUAAUGUGUGUUGUAGUGUUACCAUUAGGCGUAAAAAAAAUUAAGCUGUAAAAAUAUAGUUGCCGCGGUUCUAAGAACAAUACGCCGAUGUUAUUGUUCGAUUUAAAAUUAGGUAAAGCUUUUAAUAUUACAAUGAUCUCAUCUUAGCGGGCGGUGGCUGUAUUUUUCUAGCGUAUUAAAUGAAUAUUUGGCACUUUAAAAAAAGGCACAUUUUCCUUAUUGUAUUUGAAAAUGGUUUGAAAUGGUGUUGAAAAUGGAUUUGUUGGUAAUUAAUUUCAUGAUGAAAUAUAUUUGUUUUAAUAAUAGUGUGGCUCUUUUAUUUGCAUUUCUUAAUUCGGUCAAAAAUAUUUGGUUUACAAAUAGCACCAGUGGCAUUGAAAAAGUCGGAACUAUGUAGCGAUUUUAGUUGAUUAAAAGUCAAAAAAUAAAAAAAUCCUCGGUCCAGGUUCCGUCCCGUCAAAAACCAGGCCGAAUGGAAUGUUGGCCGGUAAAAUUUUCUAUAGAUACUUACCUACCUUAUAUUGUUUUAAUCCAUACAUAAAACAGUAUUAAACUGAUUCAACGCAUAACCGCUGGGAUUAGAAUUGUGAUACCUAUUUCACACAAAUGUUUCUUUUAUAACGUAGGUAAGUGGGUACAAAGACGAAAUGGGGGAUGAUAUUUAUUAAAAAAAUUCGACUUUGAAGACAGGUCAGUGUUUGAAGAUAGAAAUGUUGUAGAAAUUAGUACACAAGCUCAAAGAUUUCAAUCGUUAGAUAUGCCCUUACCAUAGUUUGACCGCUCUGAAAGCUGACAGCACUCGAAUAGGCUAAGUAGUGUAUCAUCAUGGCUUGUCUAAUCAGUGUUCAUCUGAAUAUAGUGGCAGUUUGACGUUGGUGAAUAAAAUACCGCAGGCAAUUUUGCGAGAAAAGUGUAUUAAAAUGCCGUCGUGUGCCUUCCGAAAGUGCACUAACAAUUCGAGAAAUACAAAUAAAGCUAAUGGUGUAAUAUUUCACAUGUAAGUUUUAAGAUUUCAUUGUUUAUCAAAUUUUUUUUUCGUUGUCAUAAAUAUUGAAAUAUGAUCGGACAGCGCAUAACAGAGAAAGUAGUGUUGGAAAAUAUUGCAAGACAAAAAGAGACAACACUAUUUUGCGCUGUGCGUUUUGAAGUUUGUCCACCCAUGAAAUUUCAUAAAACAAUGUUCUAAAUUCGAAAGAACUAAUUACUGUUCUUCAUUCUUAUUUUAGUGACGAGCACUUAGUCCUAAAAUUUAUUGAAUCGGUAAUCUUAGGACAUAUCAUUAAAACUUUACAAAACUACAAUAUAUUAUGUAUUAUUAUAUUUAGUUAAUAUAAUAUAUUAUCCAUAAUUAGAUUUAUGGCUUUCGGAAAAAAAACACGUUUAAAUCAUUUAAUUAUAAAAUCGCUCUCUAUCUUUUCUUUAUAUCUAACUAGCUGACCCGGCGAACUUCGUACCGCCCAAAAGUCGAUGAAUGUGAUUAUAUUAAUUUAUAUUUAUUAAAUUAAUUAUUUUGCAGCCGCUAUAAAACAAAUACAAAACUGUUUAAUAGUUUAUAAGGAUUUUAAACCCGUAAAAUUAAAUUUCAAUAACUUAUACUUUAAUAGUGUAUCAGCGAAAUUUAAAACGGGAUUUAUUGUUUGCCAUGGUUGCCAUGUAUUUGCCUAAUAACUAUUCCCCAAACACAGACAUCCCUUAAUCUCUCAGUACAUUAUUAUCCUAUACAUAUACAUCCUAAAUUUAAUUAAGCUAGAUAUUUAAUAUUGCCACAUUUAUCGAUUGUUUUAUAUUCGCCGGGUCAGCUUAUUAUAAUAUAAUUGCAAUGUACUUAUUCACCACAUAACAAAGCAUUUGUAUUUUUCUAAAUUCUAAAUGUAUAAUUAAUAAAUCAAAACGAUCGCCGCAGAUAGGAUCGCUGAGCUUAUGUAGACAUUUAUAUUUUUUAUUUAAUUCAAUCCUUUGAUCAGCUACUGCUUGCAAUAUAGGUUAAAUUACAAAAAAAAUAUCUAGAGGAGACUCGCAUGUAAUAGCAUUUCUUUAUUUUUUCGAUAAUAAUUGACUUUCACUACACUAUUGUUAUGUGUCAAAACGGCCAUCAUCAUAACAGCAUUGCAAAAUAUAGCCACAGUUUUCAGUGUCAGGUCAUAUCUAACGGUUUAAAUCUUUGCACAAGCUAUGGCUAAGCAUUGCGCUGUUACUAUUUUGUAAUGAUUCUCCUCCUAUGGGGAAUCCUUGGGAUCGAAGUCUCAGAUGUCUGGAGUCACCCGCAUACAAUAAAAGAGGCUUAUUAAACUUGUUGUUUUUAUUCUUAAAUCAUUUGCUUUUAUCAAUAAUUUUAUAUUUAAAGCACGAUCAUUUCUUAGGCGACUUGACAGCUAGGCCGCAAACAAAGAUUGUCUUCUUUUUAUAUUGAUUGUCAAUUCUAUAUCAAUUAUAAUAAUAAUCAUAAAGAAAACCUGCCAGCUGUUGUUUCAAAAAAGGAGGAUAGUAAUGCACACUUGCGUUACACCCCGAUUAUUAAUCUCCGCAUGUGUUUCAUUAUGUAAAUUGUAGAGUUUUUAAAUAAAAUUGGAAUAGUAGUUCAAAUUAUUUAGAAAUCACUUCGAAAAUCGUAAAUGUUACCUUACUUAACUAUCAGAAAUUUUAUCGAUUUCUUGACAUUAAGUAAAUUGGUGGUAAAUGAAUAAGGAAACCUUUAGUUAUUUUUAGGAGUUCACUUGGUUAUCACGAAAAAUAAAUGGAAAACAGUACCUCCUAUGAAAUUAUGUUGCCCUGAUACCUAAGUACAUCCGAUUUGAUAAAUAGUAGUUAUAUUAUUUAGAUGCUAGUAAACCCAAAAAAAAUCUAAUAGGUCUUCGAAAGCUUUUCUAUCCAUAUCAAUUUAUUAUUUAUUUGAUUAUUAAUGAAAUUCCUGACGUUGAAAUUGGUAUAAAAUUCCAGGCUUACCUACACACCUUCACACUGAAAUUUGAAAGUGCGAAAGUCGGGGAAAAAAUGCAUUAAAAAGAUUUUCCUCAAACAUGUUUGAAAAGGAAACCUUUGAUUUUCGCCCAAUUUUGUACCUUGGUACAAAUAACCUCAAAAACAUUUGCUGUAUCAAGAAAAGAAUGGAUCCUUUGAUUACUAUCUUCGAGAAAA